AUGCUAUCCGUUGUCUCAAUCGCCAUCUUGCGUGCCGGGUUCGAAGCCUGCGCAACAGGCGCCUCGCAGCCAGGUUUUGCGAGGCACAGGGAAAAGUUCGAGAAGCAAGUCGCUCUUUCGUGCAAGACGGCAGACACCAGCCCUUUAUAUGCCCAGCCCCUCCCCGCCGCCCCGGCCAAUGCCGGGUUGCUAAGGCGUCGUACAGCGCGAGUCGAUUUCGUUGCAGCCAAGCGGAGUGAAAAUGGCGAGUGCUGGCGAAGUUCGCAGAAUAUCGCCGCGUGCGGUCGUAUCGAGCUUCGUCGUGUUGCGUAUGGAUUGGUGCUGGCAGACAUUGGCUUGCUGAAAGUGAUGGAAGGACUCGCGGAAGGCCGAUACAGCGAGUUGGCUAUCGUCCAGAAGACGAGCGAAGAGUGA